UAGAGCAAUUCAAUUCUAUUGCAUUUGUGUAUAUAUAAAUAAGUAGGUGGUGCUGCUCUAUCUCAAAGCUUCCCCUUGUUUAUGUGCAUAUUCUUUCUCUAUCUAUAUUAUCAUAAUGGGAAGGCAACCAUGCUGUGAUAAAGUUGGGUUGAAGAAGGGGCCAUGGACUGCAGAGGAGGACAAGAAGCUGAUCAACUUCAUCCUCACCAAUGGCCAAUGUUGCUGGAGAGCUGUCCCUAAACUUGCAGGCUUGUUAAGGUGUGGUAAAAGUUGUAGGCUUCGGUGGACAAAUUACCUCAGGCCAGACUUGAAAAGAGGCCUUCUAUCAGAAUAUGAGGAGAAAAUGGUCAUUGACCUCCAUGCUCAAUUAGGCAACAGGUGGUCUAAGAUUGCUUCACAUCUGCCUGGAAGAACUGAUAAUGAGAUCAAGAAUCAUUGGAACACCCACAUCAAGAAAAAGCUCAAGAAAUUGGGAAUUGAUCCUGUCACACACAAGCCACUCUCUAAUAAUACCACUGACCAAAAUCAAAUCAAACCAGAACAACCACCACUUCAAGAGCAAGAACAAGAUCAUCAUGAGUCUUCCAUACUUGUUGAACCUGAAAUUAAGGAGGCAGAGAAGCCUGAGGCAGAGGAUCAAUUCAUGACCCCACUGUUUGAAUCAAUGGACACAAUAAUGAUGAAUGGUUUUUGCACAGAUGAAGUUCCAAUUUUAGAACCUGAUGAGAUCCUUGCUCCAUGUGCUGGUGAUGCUUCUACUUCAUCAACAGCAACAACCACUUCAUCAUCAUCAUCAUCAUCAUCAUCUUCUUCUGAUUCUUAUUCAAAUAAUCCAUCAUCCAAGUUCCUUGAAGACCUUCUUCUCUCAGAUUCUGAGUGGUCCAAUGACAAUAACAACAACAACUAUAGCAGCAUGGCCUUAUGGGAUGAUGAUGACUUCAUUAGCAGUUUGGAUAUGCUUCUUAAUGAUGAUUAUUAUGACAGUGACAGAAAACAGCAGCAGCAACCUUUUGAUGCUUCACUGAAUCAGUACCCAAGAAUGAUCAUGGAUUCAUCAGAAUCUUGGGCUUAUGGCUUGUUUUGAUUGUAAUUUCAAUUCCCAUCCCCUUCUUCUUUUUCUAUUUAUUUCACUUGAUCACAGCUUACGUAUGUGCUUGUAAGUUGUUACAAAGAAUAAACAGUGAAACUGAAUCCCAAAUAGUUUGUUUAGUAAUUAGCAUAGAAUAUAUUAUCCACUUUCUUUUUCCCCAAAAAGAAGGGGAAAAGAAAAUCUGUAUAUGAUAGUGGAAACGUGUUGGUUUGUUGUUUCUUA